AUGUCUAGGUUCUGGGGUAAAGGUCAAUGGCUAAAAAUUGAGCCCCAACUACUAAGAAUUGAGGCACUGCUGGCCAUCACUGCUGCAAUCUUAGUCUUCCUUGGGGUCUUCGGCUCGUUCAGGCGAUGCUGCAGCAACCGUGCAUUUGCAUUGGUCGCAUUCACAGCCUAUAGUCUUUUUCCUGCCAUCAUCGCGUACACGCUUGGCCUUAUCCAAAGCGCUCCUUUCUGCAGUUUGCAUCUCCCCAUAUGGCUGGCUUAUCUGGUGAUAGUUCUCGGGAGUGCAGACUCCUACACUGCACACAGCAUUGAAGACAUUGAACAGUGGAAGUCAUUCAGCGUCGACUCUGCCGCUAAAUGUUUCAUGGCAAGCUGGAUAAUUGCUUCAUGCGUGGUCGGCCAUUCAAAGAAAAUAUUGUGCGCGGUGUUUCUUUUUGUCAUUCUAUUCAUGAAAAUUGAUGAAAGAGCACGAGCUUUGAUGUUUGCAAGCAAUUCUGUGAUGCAGAAGAACUCCAAGUUAGUAGUAGACUACAUGAGCACCCUCUACGAGAGGAGAGAUCGCAAAGAAGAUGACGCUACAAUAAAUCCCGCUAAAAUAGAUCCCACUACAAUGGUGGGCGGGUGCAAGUACUUGGUGAGAGUGCCAAAAGAGGCAAAGGUGCUAUCAUUGUUCUCCACACAGAUAUGCUGGCCAAAGCCAGCACAGUGGGAGGAUGGGAAAGCACCGCGGCAUCGACAAAAACUAUUGAUGACAGAUGAAGUUAUCACUGUCGAAAAGGUUUGGCAAUGCAAAGAAAGGCUUUUAGAUGUAAGCAGAGGAGACCCAGAUAACCGACUCAAGGAUCUUUGCCUGUCUUUUUCGCUCUUCAAGUUCAUCUGCCUGAGAUUCACUGGCUGUUCAUUGCCCCAAGGUGCUCACGACAAUUUACGUAGCCUGAUUAAAGAUAUUCUUUCCGAAAGGAAUGGUCAUGAGCGAGUUUUCAGACUCAUCGAAAUAGAACUUGCAUUUCUUUUCGAUUUAUUCUACACCAAAUACCCAGUGAAUCUCAGCCCAUGUCGGUUGGUGUGUAAAUUUACUCUGCUCGCCAUUUUGGUUGCUGCUGCUCUGUAUUCACUCUACUUGGCGAUUUUUUUCUAUGGAGAAUGGAAUUGGUCUGAGGAAGAGCGGUUUGCUGUUUUGGUAACCAUGUUGUUGAUGAUUUCAAUCCUUGUCGUUGAAUUUGCUCAGUUUGGCAUCAUGAUUUUCUCAGAAUGGGCAAAAGUGAUAUACAUAUGCAAGUAUGUGCAAAGCAAGUGGUUGCAAAGCAACAGAUGUGCUGUGAAGUUGAUCGAGAUAAUGUGCAGAGUUAGUUUACUGAAGCCUUGGGGAAGACAGCUCCAUCAAUACUCGCUCCUCCAAUCAUAUAGCUAUUCUCCAUGGAAGUGUACACAUAAUAAACUCACUGCUGCUUACUUCGACUUGAAAAGGAACGGUCAGAAAAAAAUUGCUCCCACCAAUUUGCCUGACGAAGUGACAGAGGCGAUCUCUUGGUCUCUAAGGAACAAGAAGGAGAAAGAGUCUUUAAGGCUCAAUGGCUUGUCUAAAGAAGAGCUCUUAUCGGCAUGUCAUCUUGAGACAACCACUCAUGUUAUAUUGGUCUGGCACAUAGCAACCACAUUCUGUGAGCAUGAAGCACCUCCAACAGAUUCUCAACUUUCACAAGAACAGAGAAACAUAGCAACUAAACAGAGAAUCAUAGCAACUAAGUUAUCGCGAUAUCUUGCUUAUUUGGUCGCUUUUGCCCCAAGGUUGCUCCCUGAUCAAGCUUGCAGGACCGAAUACAUAUUUGAUUGUGCUGUCAGCGAAGCCAGGAAAAUUUUCCCGGGAUCCUCGGUUUCAAUGGACGACAGGAUUCAAGAGCUAAAGAACAUUGACAGCGUGUGGAAUGAAACCAUCAUUGGUCGAGGCGCACAGCUAGGAACACAACUUGUUCGAGAAAACGUGGAUGUUUGGAAGGUCUUGGCUGACUUCUGGGUUGAAAUGAUGUUGUAUGUAGCUCCUUCGGAUGAUGUAGCGGCUCAUGCUAAGUACCUCACUACGGGGGGCGAGUUUGUGACUCAUGUAUGGGUUUUGGUCUCUCACAUGGGUAUCAUAAGAGAUCCAUGCAAUGGUGAGCAACAUAAUGAUCUAGAGGGGAACUGA